GCGUUAAGCUUCUCACUUUAAUACCGAGGUUAUAUAUUACAAUUUCAACACUUUGCACCAAUCUGAAAAACUCCACCGUCUUCAAAUUCCAGUUUCCACCUUUUCGCUCCUCGCGCUUCCUGUUCUUAUCUUUACACUUUGGUGAAUUUUCCCCUUUGGACCGUUGUUUCUUGUGUUUGAGGAAAUUCUUGAAUGAAUCAGGCUUUUUUCUAGAUUUCUACUAUUGUUUUGGGUUUAAUUUCUUGCUUCGCCGAUGGACUGGAAUUAAUCAUUACCGGUCGUGGAAUAGUUGGGGAAACCUAUGAGGAGUAAGUAGUGUGCUGCUGUCAACUUAUGAGAUUUUUCUUAGUAGACUCCAUAAUUACCUUGAUGUGAAGAAACAUACCAUUAGUGACGACUUCUAUUCAGACUUGGGUUGUAUAUUGUUAAUGACCAAUCCUUAGCUAUUCAGGAGAUUUUGGAAGCUAUUUGUUUGGCAUGAGUCAAGUUGUUGCAAAAUAGUCUGUUGAAGCUAAUAAUGCAACUAUUAUCAAGAACCACUCUUUGCAUGGAUGAUAGAGUUUCUUUUCAUUGGUGAACUCAUUUAAACUUGAAUAUCUCUCCAUGAUCCCAUUGUGAAAUUAAAGCUCAUUGGGCCUGUGUUGGCACGGGCUGCACCCAUCUAGUACUAACAUAAGCGUUGUCUUGUCAUUUCCCAACAAUUCAAAGCCUCUGAGAUCGUCAUGCACGCUUCGUUCACGCCCCUUCAUUCUUCCCUCAUAAGAGAAAAAGAAAGCCAUUCAACGCAAAGUUCCAUCUACAUCGCUGCUGGGUCUAUAAGAAGUCCAAAAUUAGAACAUGACCCCUUGAAUUCUUGGUUUCUCUGACACACAAAGCAGCAAAUAUGAGACAAAAAUACUACAAUAUUGAAGUACUUGGGAAGAGUUCUCUGAUGGCAAAUGAAGAAGUCAUCGCUGUUAAAGAUGCUAUCCACAAGCUGCAACUCUGUCUUCUUGAAGGCAUUAAAGAUGAAAACCAACUCUUUGCUGCUGGGUCUUUGCUGUCCCGGAGGGAUUAUCAGGAUGUAGUAACUGAACGCUCAAUAGUAAACAUGUGCGGUUAUCCUCUUUGCAGCAACUCUCUGCCUUCUGAAAGGCCUAGCAAGGGACAUUACCGGAUAUCAUUGAAGGAGCAUAAAGUUUAUGAUCUUCACGAAACAUACACGUACUGUUCAACAAACUGUGUUGUCAACAGUGGAGCAUUUGCUCGUAGCUUGCAAGAUGAGAGAAGCACUACUUUAAAUACCGCAAAACUUAAUGAAGUCCUGAAGCUAUUUGUGGGAUUGCAUUUGCAUUCCAUAGAGGAUGUGAAGGAAAAUGGAGAUCUAGGAUUAUCCAAGUUGAAGAUUCAGGAAAAACUGGAUGUAAAGGGUGGUGAAGUUUCAAUGGAAGAGUGGAUGGGUCCAUCUGACGCAAUUGAAGGCUAUGUUCCACAGAGAGAUCGAAGUGUGAAGCCAGCACUGCUGAACAACGUUAAGAAAGGAUUCAAGAAUAAGCAGACCAAACUCCAAAAUGAGAAAAACAUGAUACUAAACGAGAUGGACUUUUCCAGCACUAUAAUAACUCAAGAUGGGUAUAGCAGUUCAAAGUUACCAGUUUCUGUCAAUGUUGUCUCAAGUAAAAAGGUUAAAGAAGCACAAACAAAAACAAGCUAUGAAGGUAGGGAUGCUGAUGUUUCUAUAUUGGGGAAGCAAGUUGAUGCCUUGCAGUUGCAUUCUGGAGAAGAAACAGAAAAAACAGAUUCGAAUGAUAGAAGUUAUAAGGUCGAUAAAUUUGACAACGGAGAAGUGUCUUCUGGUCCUUGCUAACAUGAUGUCAAGAACAUAA